AUGGUGAUUGACUGGCCUGCACUCUCCAUACGUUGCACAUUUCUCGCUAUUCUCUGCCAAGCCUCGAGUGAAGAAUUAUUUCCGACCGACGAGGCAAUAACACUUGGAGUUGAACAAAAAACAACAAAUGUUCUUCUCUAUCUGCAUGGUGGGGACAUUAGCUGGACUAACGCAGCAAGAAACCAGAGUCAGAGUGCAGAGUCUAUGGAGCACCACUUAUUGAACCGUAAACACUAG